AUGACUAAUGCUUAUCUAGCAGUUAAGGAAAUGAAACAAACAGUGCGAGGUGCAGCUAGACAAUUUGGGGUACCAGUGAGAACCUUAAGAGACAGAACAAUGGGUAUGGUAUCAGUAGAUACUGUUAAAUCAGGCAGAGCUCCUAUAUUUAGUAUGGAAGAGGAGUCAAGACUGGCAGACCACAUUAAAGAAAUGGCUCAGUUUGGCUAUGGGUAUACCAGGAAAGAAGUUGUGGACCUGGCUAAUGAUUUUGUAAGAAGUUUGGGGAAACGUAACAGAGAUAACCCACUGACUCUGAGGUGGUACCAGGGAUUCAUGUCCAGGUGGGAGGAACUCCGUGUAGUAAAGCCAAGAGCCAUGGAGAUUCAGAGAGCAAAAGCAGGUAACAAAGAGACAGUAACUUCUUACUUCAAAGAACUGCAGGAAGUCAUACAUAAAAACAAUCUUCAGGAUAAGCCCCAUUUGAUAUUCAAUGUUGACGAAAAGGGGAUUCAGCAACAUCAUUCCCCACCAGCAGUAGUUGCUGGACGACACCUUAAUGUCCAAGAAGUAAUGUCCCAAAAGUCAUCUACCACCACAAUUUUAGGAUGUGGAAGCGCUGCGGGUACAGCAAUUCCACCAUACUUUGUUUUUGCGGGAGCAAGAAUGCGCCCAGAGUUUUUGGCCGGAAAAUCUCCUGGGGCAGAUGGUACGGUAUCAGAGACUGGAUGGUCUAAUUCAACUAUAUUUCGAAAAUAUCUAGAGGAGCACUUUCUUAAGUAUGCACCAGGAAGGGGAGGAGAACCUAUCCUUUUAAGUCUAGAUGGCCACAAAUCACAUGUCUCAGUAGGUUUGGUUGACUGGGCGAGGCAACACAACAUCAUCCUAUUUAUUCUACCUGCCCAUACCAGUCAUUUUUUGCAGCCUCUGGAUGUUGGAUGUUAUGGGCCCUUCCACAGGAUCUACAACAAUGAAUGUCACAAACAAACCAGGGCUUUGUCUUCUGUCAUCUCUAAGUAUGACAUAUGUUCAAUUGCAUCUAGAUCAUAUACAAAAGCACUCACCAUGGAAAAUCUACAGGCAGCUUUUAGAAAAACAGGAAUUUAUCCUUUAAAUGAGAAUGCAGUCAACAGGGAUUAUCUUCUUCCUUCUCAAGCAUUCCAACUUCAGCAAGAAGAAAUCCAGUCCCAAGAAGUGCAGACUACUGAAGAUGGAGACAGCGGGCGCAUUCCCCUCACACAGGGUCAAGAUACACCAACUAUGGCAGGGGACUUUUUCAGUGACAAAAUUGAAAACUUAAAGAAGAUAAAAUCUGAGAAAAAGGCAAAGAGCAGAAACACCUUAUCAAAAAUAACAUCAGGUCACUGUAUAACUGAGGAAGAAGUUCAUAAACAGAUCGUAGAACACCAAGAACCUACAUGUCCAAAGAAACGUAAGUCAUGUCCAAGUAAGAAACAAAACAAAAGAAAAGUAUCCAAGAAAGUUGAAACUGAUUCACAAGAAGCUGGACCCAGUACAUCUGGUAACCAUAGCAGUGAUACAAGAACUGUUCUAACAGAUUCAGAUACAGAUGAAGAGGAGAUAUCAGAGAAAGAUAAAUGCUGUGUGUGUAAACAGUUUACACCGGAUGAAGUGAGAAAGAGUGUAUUCAUUUCAUUUGCCAAGUGGGUACAGUGUGACAGGUGUUUCCACUGGGUUCACUUAGGAGACUGUGCUGGGAGACGGGUUAUCAGGAGAGGGGAUGUCUUUUUAUGCCCACACUGUAAAUAA